GCCGGGCGCACGGGGUCUGCGGGGGGCGGGGAGAGCGCAGGGGCCUCAGCUCAGGGGCCUGAGCCUCGUGGGUCGGAGAGUCUGCUCAGUCAGUGCCCAUCCGGCGUCCGAGGGGGUCCCCGCCCAGUGCCGCCUCCUCGUCCCUCUGAAACUCCUGGUCCCCAGUCGGGGUCACAGCUGCAGGCCUCGCUUCCAGGGCUCUGGGCAGGAAAGGCUCACCCAGGGGAGGCACCCCAUCCCUGUCCCCGAAGGCUUCCCCUUCCGUGUCCAGAGCAGGCGGGGCUGCCCCGGGCCGCUGGCACCUCCCCAGCACCUCACUGCAAGCCAGCCUGUCAUAAAUAGGAGGCUGGCCAGCCAGCGUUGGGCCACAUCCCUCUGUCACCUGCCGGAGCUGCCACCGUCGGGCCACCUACCGCGGGAGAAUGGAGGCACCUGCACAGGCUGGAGCCAUGGCCCAAGCAGCUGGUGAGGGGCCCGGGACCUGCAAGUGUCCCCAGGCCCAGCCGCCGCCGCCGCCGCCGCCGCCUGACGAGGAGGCCAGGGAGGGGCUGCUGGAGCUGCCCAGCUCCUUCAAGGAGCUGUUCACCUUCUUCUGCGCCAACGCCACCAUGCACGGCGCGACCCGCCUGGUCUGCAGCCAGAACCACCUGAGGAAGGCGUUCUGGGGGCUGCUGUUCCUGGGCACCCUGGGCGCCCUCUACUGGCAGUUUGGGCUCCUCUUCGAGCAGUACUGGCGCCACCCCGUCAUCCUGACCAUGUCGGUGCACUCGGACCGGAGGCUCUUCCCCUCCGUCACUCUGUGCAACUUGAACCCACACCGGCCCAGACUGGCGCGCCGAGCCUUGCAGGCUCUGGACGAGUUUGCCCGCGAGAACAUCUACGCCCUCUACCAGUUCAACUUCAGCCACAGUGGGGACGCCCCCCGUGCGCAGGCACCGGGCCCAGAGCCCGCCUUCCAGCUGGACCGCACAGUCCGCCUGCAGAGGCUGGACCGCCAGAACGAAGUGGGCUUCAGGCUGUGCAACAGCACUGGUGGCGACUGCUUCUACCGCGCCUACUCGUCGGGCGUGAAGGCCGUGCGCGCCUGGUACCUCUUCCACUACGUCAACAUCCUGGCUGCGCUGCCCGCGGACCGCGAGGACAGCCACCACAGCCACGGCGACCACUUCGUCUACUCCUGCCGCUACCACAGCCAGGACUGCCAGGCCCAGCACUUCCAGACCUUCCACCACCCCGUCUACGGCAGCUGCUACACCUUCAACAGCGAGUGGGCCGCCCAGCGCGCGGGCAUCACUCACGGCAUCAGCCUAGUGCUCAGGGCAGAGCAGCAGGACCACCUCCCGCUGCUGUCCACGGAGGCCGGCAUCAAGGUCAUGGUUCACAAGCGCAACCACACCCCCUUCCUGGAGCACCAAGGCUUCAGCAUCCGCCCAGGGACUGAGACCACCAUCCGCAUCCGAGAGGAUGAAGUGCACCGGCUGGGGAGCCCCUACGGCGACUGCACGGACGGCGUGCGGGACGCGGAAGUCCCGCUGCUGUACAACAGCUCCUACACCAUGCAGGCCUGCCUCGUGUCCUGCUUCCAGCAGCUGAUGCUGGACACCUGCUCCUGUGGCUACUACUUCUACCCCCUGCCCCCCGGGGCUCCGUACUGCAGCUCCUCGACGCACCCAGCCUGGGGCCAUUGCUUCUACCGCCUCUACAGAGAACUGGAGACCCACCAGCUUCCUUGCACCUCACGCUGCCCCAGGCCCUGCAGGGAGUCUUCUUACAAGCUCUCUGCGGGAACCUCCAGGUGGCCUUCCUCCAAGUCAAGGGACUGGAUCCUGGCCGAGCUGGGCAAGCAGAGGCCCGGGAGCCCGAGCCCGAGCCCCAGGAGGGGGCACUCCUCCUCCGCAAGUCCCGACCGGGUCCCUCGCCGCUCCAGCCCUGCCCUUCAGUGCCCCCAGGGAGGGGCCCCGCCGUGCAGGCCCUGGGCCCAGCCCCGCCCGCCUCUGCCCAACCCCAGGAGCAACGUGGCCAAAGUGAACAUCUUCUACCAGGAGCUCAACUACCGCACGGUGGACGAGACGCCUGUGUACUCGGUGCCGCAGCUGCUGUCAGCCAUGGGCGGCCUCUGGAGCCUGUGGUUCGGCUCAUCUGUCCUCUCCGUCCUGGAGCUGCUGGAGCUGCUGCUCGACGCCACAGCCCUCGCCCUGCUGCUGGGCUGCCGCUGUCUUUACCGCGCACUGGGGUCCCAGCCCGUGGCCAUCCACCCUGAGCCGGAGGCCAACCAGCUGCCCAGUGACUGCAGCCGUGACGUCCGACGCCCAGGGGCCCAGCCGGCAGUGCUUCCCGGGGCUCUGGCACGAGUCUCAGCUGAAGAGUUAGGUCAAGUGUGUGUCUGCCAAGACUCCUGACGCUGAGCCAGCCUGAACUUACAGUCUCAGCUGGGCGCUGUAGCAGCGGUGGGCUCUCUUGGCUGCCCAGGGUCAGCACCAGACCAGCGCCAGAGGGUCUCCCUGGCCAGCAGAGCAAAGCCUAGGGCCCAGGAAGCAGUAGUAUCAGAGCCCAAGGGCUGGCAGGCAGGCCUAGGGCACCCAGCACAUCAGGGUCCCUGGCCAGUACGGCUGCCCUGCCUACCGGUGGCCUCCCGGUUCUCAAGGAGCUGGGGGCAGGGAGGAGAGGAGCACCCCCACCACUCUGGAUUCCCGUUCCAGACGCGACUGCCCGUGCUCGCGUGUAUGGUGGUGAGCACGCCCAUGCACGUGCGCGCUGGCAUGUGCGCGUGCCUACGUGUGUAUCCAUGUACGUGUGAUGCCUCGGGGGACGCCUCCACACAGGAGUGUGUCUGUGUUGGGCUUCGUGUGUUCGCCUGCACCGACACGUCUGCCUGCACCGGCAUGUGGGUGUGCACGAGCGUGAGACAGAGCCUCCCCCCACUCAGGGC